GCCCCUCAGUCGCUGUUCACGUGGUAGGCAAACAGGCCGUUCGGCCUGUUGUUUUCUCUUUUUACCGCGCUCAGUAUAGCAGAGACAGCGCUCCUUGUUCGUCGCGUAUAUAAAUAGGCUGCUCGUAAUAUUAUUCAUCAUUAUGUCACAAGACUUGAAACGCUCUUAUACUUCAUUACAUAGUAGUGACAGUGAAACUGAAAAUGAAGACUCCGAUCAGUUCACCGGUUGCAGGGACAUCACACGGACGCGGGAAAAAUUGAUCGGUGACUUUUCAACAACAGGCGUCACCAAACAAUUCGACGGACGACGAUACAGAUGUAGAAGAAAUUCAACCGAAUUCUCCUCGAUCGGAAUUAAGCGAAUACCUGAAAAUGAAUACACCAAAGUCACAAACUGGGGAGCAAGCACUUCGAAACACAAUUCAAUUGGUGGAAAACGAACAGAAGAUGAAUAUAGGCGAAUGCACUCAAGCGAUGGUGGAAGAUAUGGAAGAGAAAAUAGACCAGGAAAUAAAGAAGAAAAAGAGGAAGAUAGUCAAAAAAGCAACUCCAGACAAAGUUUAGAAGAAAAGGAAACCCUUGGAAACUCUCCCGGAACCAGCGCAGCGCCGGAGAGUUUCUUAGGUACUUUGGAAUUGAUGUGGACAACAGACAUAUACAACAAAAUCAUGAAGGCUCUGAAAAUGUGCGAACAAAAGGGAAUGGAACUAAAGAAUUUACUUUUAAAAAGGGAAUUUAUGAAAUUGAUUUCGUUGUGGAAGACGAUAUUGAAAUCGAUUAUACACAAACUGAGAGAGACAAAGUGCGAGGGUUUAUCAUGGAAUGCUUUCAGAACUAUCCUCCACGAAACCGAAUUAUACACGUCGUGUUUACAAUUCAAAAUGACAGAUAUAGCAAUAGAACUAUUUCAUCAAUUUGUGAAUCAAGAAGCACAUACAAAGGAAGCAUCUUCUGGGUUACUAAUCACGCCGACGACCACCUCCACGUCGUGCACGACUGUUCCUAUGCGGGAAACAGUUGCCGUUGCCAACGAAUCAAAGAUAUCAGAGCCGAAUGUGGAGAGCCCCGAUUUAAUCGCCGAAUUAUUCGGAAUACCGAAUGCACAGCGGAACACUGGAUCAAUCUCGCAGUCUAUUUCGAAAGCGAUCAACGGCGUGCAAUACACUUUGAAAUCGCCGGGCGAAUAUGGACAAAGUGUCAUAAAACUAGAAACUUAUCCGUUCGCCAAAAUAGCCAACUUAGACAAGAAACAUUGGUGGAAACAUGCAGAAACCAAGAUGAUAUUCUUAACAGCUUCCAAUGUGGAUCCGACUCAAAUAACUGUGAACAAGUUAAUAAGUCAAGUGACGAAAAAUGUGACAACAAUUCCAAACGUGUCAAAAGAGCAAAAGGAGAUCAGUUAUUGGAAUUCUUUUGGAGAUUUCCAACGGCGCCAGUAA